UGUGAAACAUUCUCUUGCUAAUACAGACUUCCAGGUUCUUUUAUUUCGAAUUCUCGCAGCCGGAAACGGACUAUGUGUUUCCGCUGCUAACUCUACAUGUAUAAACUGAUGUUUUCUCUAGAAGAUGUGAGGGGACCGUUUGUGUUAACUUUGUUUUACUACCUUAGGUUUAAUCGCUUGUCAUACAAUUAAUGUUGUUAGGAACUAUUUUGGUAUAUAGCUAUUAUUCACAGCUAUUCGUUUAGCCAACGUCACGGCAGCAGCUUCUAGUUAAGCUCGUCUUCACUAGUGCUCAGCGGCCGAUCUGACAUGACACCGUGACCGUGUGAAGUGGCUCUAAUCUCGCAGGGAAGAUGUCUGAGAGGACGCUGGACUAUUUCUUGAGUCCGAGUCGGAUGAAGAAGAGGGACGCUGCCGAGGUGAAAUGGUCGCACGCUGUCAACAGCAGGAGCAGGCUGCAGGAGGCGGUGACAGGCCACACUCAUAUGAUUGAGGCUGACAUAAUCAUGAAAGGACAUGACCCCAAAGAGCCAAUCAUGGCACAUCCGCCUGACACAGACAGCGACAUCACAUUGCAGGAGUGGCUGGAAGGAGUGAAGGCGCACAACGUGGGAAUAAAACUAGACUUUAAGAGCCUGGAGGCGGUGUCUCCAUCUGUGGCGCUGCUGGAGGAAGUGCUGGCUGACCCGAGCCGUCCUGUGUGGAUCAACGCAGAUAUUGUCUCUGGUCCUGGUGGACGGGCAAGACCUCUGGAGCAUCAGGCCUUUCUCUCUGCUGUGACAACUCUUCCCACUCACACUGUGCUCUCCCUUGGCUGGACUACAGGAUGGACUGCUGGAACAGAUAACCCAGGUUAUAGCUGGGAUAUGGUGCGUGUGAUGGAGGAGAUAUGUAGAAACCUCAAGUAUCCAGUCACCUUCCCAGUGCGUGCAGCUCUCUUGGCCCAGUCAUUCUCCCAGCUCACAUGGCUGCUGCAGCAGUCAGACAGGUACAGUCUAACUGUGUGGACCAGCCAAAGUGACACGAUCACACUACAGGACUUAGUGCCCUACAGAAAACACAUCGACAUCAGCAGGAUCUACUAUGACUUGCCGGACUGUCAAAGGACAGAGCUCAGCCUGACACUGGCAGACAAUCACUUACAAUAACAUAUACUGCAAACACAUAUUCUUCACUUUGACAGUAGACUGACGCCCACAGGUAGAGAGGAAAUUGAAACAAGGCUCAGUCUAACCUGGGGGGGUCAGGAAUUGAGUGGAGUUAAGUCUUAAUGAGUCAUGUGAUAAUUGAUAAGUAUUUCUGUCACACACAUGUUUAAGACUUCUCCUAUGCAUAACAAGUGCUGCAUUAAAAUUUGCACUUAAAUGUACACUCUGCAGGAACCCCCACCCCAAGAGAAAAGUACUAAAGUAAUUCCCCUCAAUCAUUAGUGUGACCCACAAUAGGUGUCUGUGGUGCUGCCCUCUGUCUUUACUUUUCUUCUUUUUGUGUUGCUGUGUUUAAAACCCUGCAAACUGUACCUUUGAGUAAAAUUCUUGAAGCAUGAUGAGCAGAAUGACUUGAAGAGUAACCUUACACUUGGACUUAAAGGGGCAGUAAACGAUUCUAAAGCAAUACACGUUUUCUCAAGCUGUUGAAAAAAACUGGGUUUUCGGCUCAGCCCAGGCUCUGUAAAUCCUACAGAAGAGAGGUUCAUUACAUAUUAAUUAGACAGGCCAAAAUCAAUCUGUUUCUUUGCAGAGCUCAUGAAAAAAGAGCUAUAAAACAAGCUUGAGAUAUUUUUUGGUACCAAAUAUAUCUUCUUAAGGAUAUCAAAACUUCAAAUUAAACACCAGAAAGGUGUACAAUAUGGGCCCUUUAAGAGACGUGUGGGUUUUGUCCUAGGUGUUAGUGCGUCGGACUCCCGUACCCAAGGUUUGUGAGUUCCCGGCCCGACCAGAGCAGUAAAAUCACAACAACAACAUAGAGAGAAACAAGCUUUCUCCAAAAUUGCUUACUGCCCCUUUAAGUAAAGUACUCUGAAGACCUCUCUGGCUCAAAGUCCGUUUCCCCUCUGACCACACACAGCAUUGCCUGUAGUGGAGAUUGGCUGUGGUCAGAAAUUUGCUCGGUCGCACAUGUAGCCACACCCAGCGAUGUCACAGGGUCAUGGAGUACACCUGUAUGUCACUGCAGCCAGCUUAUUUAACAUUUUUGUACUGUACUUGGUAGUAGAAUCUUAUGUAUGAAAAUGCACUCUGUUUUAAGUUGAUAUCAAGUUGAUCUUUGGAUGUAAAAAUCAUAAUAUGCAAAGUAACUGGAAACUGAAGCUGUAAAGUAGACAUAAUUGAGUAAAAAAAUGUAUUACUGUAUACUA